GUAUUUUUACACCACUUAUCUACGUAUAACUAGAACAAGAGAGAGGCAGGAUAUUGGCGAGCACUGCCACGUGAUACGUCUCACGCGAGACCUUGUUUACUCCCCACGCGUAUUACAAAUCUUGUGCUGUUCUGGUCAGUUCGGUCCUAUACAUAAAUAGUCAAGCUGAGAUGGAGAGCCGACUACCUACGCGCGAUACGCGCAAGCGGGAAAGCGACAGCCAUGAGCCGAGUUCUACCUCCAAACGACCAUACGGAGCGACGAUGGAUCCUCAAGCGCUCAGGGGUCUGGGCGAGGCCUUGAAGAUCCUACCCGUGCCCACUGAUACCGAUGACCUUGAAACAACAUCAAGAAAGAUGCAGGAUCUCGCGAGGGUUGUCAUGGAAGGCAAUAGCCUGGCGCUCUGGACGGGGUUGAGAAUGGCACCCAAAACAUCGUCCAGGGAUCCAGAGGCUUCGGCGAAAGCGCAGAUGGCUUUGUCUGAACAGGAGUUGUAUGAGCGCUGGGAAGAGAUGCAGAAGACCCGCAAUGGCAGGAAUGAAAACGAUACCCACCCCGAUAAGCAUAAGCCACUGGUAAUCCCAGAGUUCGAUUGGGACAAGAACAAAACAUCUGUGCCUACAGGGGCACACAGUGUUAGGAAAUUUACACAGCGGGCAGCAGCUAUGGACAUUGUCUGGGGCCACCAAGGCGCCACUCCCGAGCAUGCAUCGUGGCUGACUUUUAAUAUGCCUUCCAUGCUACCCCUCAUCAAAGCAAUCACCAAAAUCUCUAAUAUUCAGAAACACAUUCAGGACGCCGAUCCUCUAGCCGGCAAACUGACAGACAUGGAGGCAGCAGAGAUUGAAACAGUACGCAGGGCAGUAGCGAUCGCAGAGGGAAACAGAAUACGGGAGCUUGAGAGGAUCCGCAAGCUGGCGAAGUCCAUCUGUGAGUCAGCUGCAGUCCUCAAGUCUCGCGCACAAGAACUCGAGAAGUUUGAAAGAUAGCGUGACCCCCUUGGCUAUAGUUAAGGGAUGAAGCCUGUCUUAAUUGCUUAGGGAAUACAGACACGCGCGCGCAGAAGUAGGAAAAGUGAGAAGAUUUCCCAAACCCUUCGUGUCAUCCCUUAUCAUUAACCCAGUAGACAAGGGUAGAUACCGGAAGGAAA